AUAUAGAAAGAUAUGGAUAUGGUCAUGGAACGAGGAUAGGGAAUGUACUUUGGACUUCAGAAGGAACUGCAUUCCUCAGCAAGCUGAAAUAUGGACAUAUAGAAGAGCAGUGAGACCCAAACCACUGUGCCUCUUUUCCCUACCCCUAGUUCUGGCCCUGGAGUCACAUAUAAAUGCCAGUUUGUAUAUAUUUAUGUCACUGCAUUACUUAAAGAUUAAGAAGAGAUAAAUACGAUUUCAAAGCUCCAUAAAGGGCUCCCUAAUUAAAUAGUAGUAGUUACAAAGAAAUUCAAGCUGGUGUUUUAUUAACUAAGCCCUUGUUAAACAUCUUGUCCGGUGCUUAUAGUGAUUCAAAGUUCAAACAGUGCAGUCUAAAUAUGGUUCUUUAGUAAAGGCUUUAACUGGAUUUAGCUGGAUUUGCAGAGAUGCCGGUUGCUGAAUUCAUCGCGGGAUGGAUUUCAGGAGCACUUGGCCUGGUUGUUGGACAUCCAGUAGACACGGUUAAGGUACGCCUGCAGACCCAAUCAAGGUACCGAGGAAUUCUGGACUGUGUCUUUCAAACAUACAAGAAUGAAACGAUUUUUGGAUUUUUUAAAGGUAUGAGUUUUCCAGUAGGGAGUGUGGCAAUUAGUAACUCGCUAGCAUUUGGAUCAUAUACUAAUGCAUUGCUGUACCUAAGUGAGAAAGAGUUUAAAGACUGGAAGGAUCCCCCUCUUAAUUUCCAUAUUUUUGUGGCAGGAUGCUUUUCUGGAAUGGUACAACUUUCUUUUUCGGCUCCAGUUGAUCUUGUGAAAGUAAGGCUUCAGAACCAGACUGAAUCAUUUGGGAGCCUAGCAAGGCCUGGCAAUUUACAAGCUCGAUACCAAGGUCCUGUUCACUGUGCUGUUUGUAUCCUCCGAGAAGAAGGCAUUUGUGGCCUCUACAGAGGAUUUCUAGCAUUGGCAUUAAGAGAUAUACCUAGUAUGGGUCUUUAUUUCCUAACCUAUGAAGUUCUUUGCAAAUGGAUGACCAAAACUUGUGACGAACCAAGUGCAUGGACAAUGCUCCUUGCUGGAGGCUGUGCAGGGACAGUUGGAUGGGCUUUUGCCAAUCCAAUGGAUGUUAUAAAGUCUCGACUCCAGAUGGAUGGAAUGCACGGGGUGCAGUAUUUAGGAAUGUUGGACUGUAUCAGGAAAAGCAUCAGACAGGAAGGGGUGAAAGUGUUCUUGAAAGGUCUUACUAUCAACAGCCUUCGAGCUUUCCCCGUUAAUGCAGUUACUUUUUUAAGCUAUGAGAUGCUUCUAAAGGUCUUCAGGUGAACUAUAACCUUACUUGGACACAUACAAAUUGACAAAUAUCUUUUGGACCUUGGGAAACACUUUUUGAGCUUGAGCUUUCUGAUGAGCUUGAGCUUUCUGAUGACAAAAACAGAAAAAAAUAGCAGAAUCAUAUUAUAUCUCUAUUUGAAGGGAUUGCUUUGAACUUUUUAAAAUAUGUAUAAAACUAUGUGCAGUGGUCUA